CGGGGGUCCUGGUCAAGAGGCCUCGUUAGCGGUGAAGUGCGAAGUAAGGGGGGGGGGCGUUUCCGCGGAGUAGGUAGAAACUAAGUAGUAGCAGGACAGGUUCUUACCGCCUUCCGUGUUUGCCCACUCACGGAUUUCCGCCCCCGGUCUUUUUGUCCGCCGUAACAGUGAAGACUACCACCACCUUACUCUUUCAACCAAGUGCCAAACAGUGGCGACAGCAGUCCUACUUCUCCUGUAGGCGCAUGCACUGACGAAGCCUUUGACGCCUAUCUCUGAUGAAUAAUGAGAUCUGCUAAGGCUGUAGUAACAGAAAACGCGGCCGCUGCCAUGCGCGGCCAGGCCCACAGCUCACCAUCGCGGACCAUCACUAGCUUGAGGCGAUGGUCUUGUAUCAACAGAGAGCUACCAGUGGUUUCGCAGGUGAAAUCCAUCCAUGUUUACGACUUCGAUAACACAUUAUUCCUGAGUCCCCUUCCGAAUCCGCAGUUGUGGAAUGGUCCCACCAUCGGGUUCCUACAGGCCUACGAAAGCUUCGCAAACGGGGGCUGGUGGCAUGAUCCAAACCUGUUGGCUGCUACCGGUGAUGGGGUUGAGAAGGAAGAGCCGCGCGCUUGGGAGGGAUGGUGGAAUGAACAGAUUGUCCAAUUGGUCAGGCUGAGUAUGGAGCAGAAAGAUGCUCUGACAGUGCUCCUGACAGGCCGCAGUGAGAGUGGUUUUUCAGACCUGCUUCGGCGCAUGACGGAGAGUAAGAAGCUGGAUUUCGAUCUCGUCUGCCUCAAACCUGAAGUUGGCCCGAGAAGCCAGCGGUUCUCCACUACCAUGGAAUUUAAGCAGACUUUCCUAGAAGACCUUGUUCUCACUUACGAGCAGGCUGAAGAGAUUCGGGUCUACGAAGACCGGGUAAAACACGCGAAACACUUCCGUGAUUUUUUUGAGCAACUGAACCGCAGGUUCCAGUCAGCACAGAAUUCCAGAAGGCCUAUCAACUCGGAGGUCAUUCAGGUGGCUGAAGGGUCAAUGUAUCUUUCCCCUGUAUUAGAAACAGCUGAAGUGCAGCAAAUGAUCAACUCUCAUAAUCUCGUUAUCCGGGACUUGUCCCUGAAGGGAACUACGAAGUCAUCAUAUGGCCGACUCCGCAUCAAGCGCACUGUCUUUUACACCGGCUAUCUCAUCUCCAACGCUGACUCAAGUCGGCUGAUCCGCCAGAUAUUGAACCCUAUGCUGCCCUUUGGGCUUGCUGAUUCCAAUGACCUGAAAUACAUGGCUAAUAGUAUACUAAUCACCCCGCGUCCAGCACCGCGAUCCAUACUGGAUAAGGUUGGCGGCAUCGGCAAGAAGCUAAACUGGCAGGUCACUGGGACUGCUUGUUUCGAGAACAGAGUCUGGGCUGCUCGGCUGACACCCGUGCCAGCAACAGAGAAAUACUACACAGAGAACCCACAUCCAGUGGUAGUGCUGGCAGUACGCAAAGGCGCCCGUCCUAUCGAUGCCGGAAAAAUCCAGAACUGGCACCCUCUCCCUGCGGAUAAGACCCUCACCCUCGAGACAGUUGUCGGAGAAAAGGUGGUCUUGCGCGUGGAAGAAGAAAAUCCCAACGAGGGCGAAUGGGAAAGCCAGUUCCUGAACAAGAGCCACAAGAGGCGUCACCAGCAAGAUCGGGACGAAGAAAACCUCCACCCAGACCAGAUGAAUCACGAAGGCCCGCCUCAUAGUAAACCACACCAUACUCCACGGUACGGCGGUAAUAACCGACAUCACCAUGAUGAUGGACCUCGCCGUGGACGCGGUCGUGGUGGCCGUGGCUCUGCGCCACGAGGAAGAAGUCAUCAAAACCGGGGGAACGCCCGUGGUCGAGGUCGUGGAAGAGAUGCUGGUCCUCCGGCAUACAGGUCUCUUGAUGACUAUGAGGGGAAUCAUCACGAAGAGAAGCAGGGGUCAACCAGUGGCGGGCCUGUGAUGAAUUACUAGGAUCUUGACGAAACUUUGAUGUUCUUAUGCUCGGCUGUGCGCUCGCCAUGUUGCGUCUCGUCUGUAGGUUCUACUAGUCCUUGGCCUGACUCGGUCGCUCGCCUUGUUGUAUUUUCUCAUACCCUAAAACUCCAUACUGCUAUCGGCUUUCGACAUGACGCAGAUGAAUUAAUAAAAGCAAAUUUGAU